GUCAACAACCGAAGACCUGUUGACGUUGACUACCCGGGAGCAGAGCUGUCACUGUCUUCCUUCGUCGGCGAGGAAGCUCGCCGCCGGCCGGAAGCGUCGUCAGAGAAAGGAAAGAAGGGCGGCGGAGUAGAUCCAAUGAGGCGGCCGGCCGCCGGCGAUUCUCCUUUUCUCGCCGCAAGGCUGGUAGAUGAAUCGAUGUGUCAAAAGAAUUUCGAUUGGAGGGUGAGAAACAUGGUGGAGGCUUCAUUAUCGUCUGAGUGAGAUCCGUCCAAACAACCGUGAAACUAUCAUCUGAAGACUAUCUGAGGGGGAAAAAAUUCAUAUGAAGCCAUUUGCCAUUUGAAACACCAAGCAUUUAGGAUUUACUUUUAUGAAAUUCCUAUGCAUUGGGUUUGGUCCAUAGUCAUCUCAUUUGAUUCUUGUGUUUUUCAUAUGCUCUAGUUCCUGCAGUUUUCCCCCAUGUUUUUAACAUUUCGUUGGAGUCUUUUUUUAGUACAUUUCAGCGAUCUUUGUCUGCUUCCUCUCUGUUCGUUCCCCUAUCGUCAUCAUGUACUACUCUUAUACGCUCCUCCUCUAGUCUUUAGGCCCCAUUGCUCUGUAUUUAUAGCAUAGUAUGUUCUUUCUGUUUAAAUAUUAGAUUAUUUUGUUUGCCACCUCAUUAGAUUAGGAGUGCUUCAGGUGUCACCUCUCCUUAGUCCUUAAUUAUUAGAUUAAUAACGUUGCUUAUGGCUACACACUGCAACUUCAAAACCUAUGCUGGAAGUCAUUUUUUAUCUGGGGCUUUGAAUCUAUCAUGUGCAGGAGGACCGCAGGAAAUGCCAGGACCAAGUUUCCUCAACAACAAACACUUGAAAUCUGGGAUGGCACAAACCCAAAAUCUAAUACGGAAUCUAUGUAAUUACUUGCUUCGUCAUUAGGUGAAAGGGGGAAAAAAAAUCUGUGGUUCCACCCAUAAGGGAAGCAAUGGAGAUGAGGGAGAAUUAGAUGAGAACAUAAUGAGAUUAUACCAAGUUCAGUUCUUGGUCCUAUUUUAGAGGGGUUGCCAUGUGAUGCUAACCAUAUACAGUAUUAUUGUAGCUGAAAAGGCAAAUGAAGCACCGACGUAACACGACAUUAAGGUGGAGCAUCGAUGGCAGGAGCAGAGGCCGUGACAUCUUCAUGGAAAGAAUGGGCUCUCCAAGCACUAGUGCUGCUCAGCCUCAUGGUCCAAGUCACACUCCUCAUCUUGGCAGAAUUCCGCCGGUACAUUGACUCCGGUGUGCUAAAGGCCUUUGUAUGGUCCACAUACAUGCUGGCUGACGCGACGGCGAUCUCCGUGCUUGGUCACCUGUCUGUGACCAGCAGGUCACCUGGGCAUGAGCUGCUGGCUCUCUGGGCACCCUUCCUGCUGCUGCACCUUGGUGGGCAGGACAAGAUCACUGCCUACGCCAUCGAGGACAACCGGCUGUGGCUGCGCCACCUGCAGACGCUUGUCGUGCAGGUGGCCGCAGCCACCUAUGUCAUCUAUGGGUCCACUUCCAUCAUCGUUGCUGGCAGCCACCCCUUGCUCUUGCUGUCAGCCACCAUGCUCAUGUUGGUGGUCGGUGUUGUCAAGUACGGGGAGCGAGUGUGGGCACUCAGGUGCGCCGGUAGUAGGCCAACUGGAAAGUACCAGAGUGACAUAGGGAAAAGAAGAUUUUCUGAAGGUGUCCCGGUGUCCUUCAUAAGUCGCCUGGAUCAAGCAGAAACCUUGCUACUCUAUGCUCACCUGCUGCUGGAUUUUGCCAAGGACAAGUUUAAGGGGCCGUUGCCUCGUCUGUUUCUGUGUGGCCCCAUGAACCGAGAAUCACGGCUGCUAGGGCAGGAGGAGCUGUACAGGGUGGCCGAGAUGCAGAUCUCGCUCCUGCACGACGUGUUCUACACCAAGGCUGAGGUGACGCACACUUGGUAUGGCCUCUGCAUCCGUGUGGUUUCGUCACUGGCCACCACCAUCGCGUUCUUUCUGUUCAACACGCUGCUGCUGCUGGGAGAUCGCCGUCGCCAUGAUCGUAGGCCGAAUGGUUACAACAGAGCAGAUGUGAUCAUCACCUAUGUCCUCUUCGCCGGAGCCGUCGUCCUGGAGACCAUGUCGCUUCUGAGAGCCAUGCUGUCGAGCUGGACAUGUGCUCUCCUGGUAAAGAAGGGAUCAGAAGGAAGCAGUGUGUGCAACUUUCUUGCCCAUAUACCGGCGUGCCUUCGCCGGCUGGUUCGUGCGGCGCACUGGAGGAGGGAGCGCAGCUGGUCGAGCUCCAUGGGGCAGCUCAGCCUGGUUCAGCUGUGCGUGCGCAGCAGGGCCAGCCGAUGCAGCAAGAUCGCGAGAUGGAUGGGAGUCGAGGACUGGUGGAACAUUCUGGCUUACUCAGGCCCGUCCAUCCCAGUCUCGGUGUCCAUCAAGCACCUGCUGCUGGAGACCUUGAAGGCGAAGCAAUGGGGCCAGGACGAGUUCGAGAGCAGAGGGUUGUACAGGGACCCGGCAUGGGUUGCUGACUCCAAGAUGGAGCAGAGGAUCCUCAUCUGGCACAUCGCCACCGACAUCUACCUGUGCUGGUACAAGGAUCAGGAGAAGAAGCAAGCAGAGGCUGCCAGUGGUCCAGGUUCAUCUGCUGAAGAGCAGCAAAGAGAGGCCACAAGUGGUUCAGGUUCAGCUGUUGAAGAGCAGCAAAGAAAGGCCAUAACUGGUUCUUCAGGUUCAGCUGGUGAAGAGCAGCAAAGAGAGACCAUGAGUGGUUCAGGUUCAGCUGCUGAAGAGCAGCAAAGAGAGGCCAUGAGUGGUUCAGGUUCAUCUGCUGAAGAGGAGCAAAUUGAGGCUGCUAGUGUUUCCGGUUCAGCGUCAGCUGCUGAAGAAGGGGAGGAGCAAGCAGAAGCUGACAGUGGUUCAGGUUCAGGUUCAGGUUCAGCUGCUGACCUGGUGGAGACGGCUCAGGCACUGUCCAACUACAUGCUCUUCCUGCUCGCAUCACGACCCCACAUGCUGCCUCCCGACGCAAGCCGCAACGACUACCUUGUGCUGUGCUACGCAAUCACCCGUCACCUGAGGUACAGCACUACCGAGGAUGUGCUCCAUUUGCUACAACUGUACACUGAUGCAUUGAGGAGCAGUGAUAACAAUGGCUCUGAACCCAAGUUCAGAUUAACCUGUACUAACACCAACAAGCUUGGAGACAAGGUGUUGAGGGGAGGGUGCUCGCUCGCCGGAUUCCUCGUCGAUCGGCAGCAGCACUCGCCUGCUGGUGGCACGCUCAGGAUGAUCUGCGAGGUGUGGGCGCAGAUGCUGUGCAGCGUCGGGGAGCAAUGCAGCACGGGUUCCCAUGUCAAGCAGCUCAGCAGUGGCGGCGAGCUCGUUACUGUUGCUGCCCUCGUGGCGAACUACAUGAGGUCGAUAAGGUUGUCUGCGUACUUUCAGAUAGACAAACGUGAGCGAGCACGGGAAUGGUGAAAUUUGUAGGGGCUGCAUGUGAAAACUAUUAUAUGGGAAAGAAAUCUAUUGCAUUGAUUUUUAUGGGUGUAUUUAUAGCUUAUAUAGCAGAUAGAAACUUAGAGCACAAGAUAAAUAUUCUAUCGUAUCUCUCUGUGAUUUUAUCUUUAUCUCUAGA